AUGAGUCUGGUUACGUCACUGCGCGCCCGCAAGUCAACCGCGACUCGAGCACCGACCCGACCAAAGAUUCGUCAACAUGAUCAGAGACUGGAGAGGAAGAGGACAUCGAGAAAGAGCACACCAAUGCCGAGAGAAGUAUUGAGGUUCGAGCGUCCAGAACCCGUGCCAGCACCUCCCGCACCAAGGAACGAGCGUCCUGAACCCAGUCAACCUCGACCCACAGUCAUAGGGAUGCCUUAUAUGCGAGCACCCGGGAUGACUUGUCAGGAGCGACGCAUCAUGGAGGCCAUGACCUCAGACCUGCAUGAUGCCCUUAGUAGGAUUGCUUAG